CAUGAUUACUACAUGAAGAUGCAAAUUUCAUUUUAUACCUCACUGAUAGAGAGAAUCUCACUCCAUGUCUCAUGUUUUAUUAAAAGCCCAAUAUAUAAAAAACGAAUUGUUUUGUUUAAAGCCCAUUAUAAGCCCAAUAAAAAUUAAAGAAAGAUACGAACUGAGCUGCUGCAAUCGGCGACUGUAAACGGCUUCCUCCGAGAAGAAAGCGAAGAUGAAGCUGAAGGUUGUGUAUCGUAAGGUCUCCGAUUACAUCCGUCACGAUCUCAAAGAAAUCGUCUUACCUUCAUCACUUCCCGAUCCUCCUCACGUCGUUAAACGCCGCAAAUUGACUUGGCACGAGCGAUUUCUCGUGUUGAAGGAAGCUUCAAGGCUUUAUGCAGCAAGCUGGGUGCGAGAUAUAGGUCCUGAGCUUCGUCCCAAUGAUUACAAGAAGCAGGGUGAUGCUGAACCCAAGAAACAAGCCAAAGAUACUGAGAAAGAGCCCUCUGUUUUGGAAGAUCUUGCGGUAGCUGCAAGAGGUGGCAUGGAGACUUUAAGGCCUGCUUUACAUCGUGUGUACAUGACACGUGCUUCUAAUUAUAAAGAUGCUCUUGCGAGCUUUAUCAAAGGUUACCAUGAGGGUGUCCAGCAAGUUAUGCAGAACAAGGAAGAGUCUCAAGUCCCUAGAGAUGAAUCAUCGGACAACUCUAAAAAGACUACAUGAGAUUUUUACUUUGUCAGCUCCAGUAGGUGAAUGCGACUUAUUCAGAUUACAUUUUCUCAAGGACUCUUUCUGAGCACAAGCUGGCUCAUUGCGGGGAUGCCUUUUAUAUGUCAGAGACUCAGAUGACUGUUUCAACCCACUGGAAAAAAUAGUAAGCACCUCUUAGUUUGGUUAGAAAAAAAUAUUAAUUUUCUUUUGUGAUUUCUUGUACACAUUUUUUUGUCUUCCCUAGUCACUGUUGACCUUAACCAAUGCAUUGUUAGUGGAUUUAGAAAAUCCAUGCUAUCUGUAAUAGUCUCACAUAAUGCUGUCUCGGAAAAGUUAAGCUAUUAAAAAGCAUAGAUAUCAGAUAGAUUCCAGGGGGAAAGUUGAGCAGUCGAUUCAGAGCUGUACUUUGUCUUGUUAUGAUCAAAACUUUAUUUGCAGGACGAACCCCUAAUGCAGGAGAGGCCACUGAGCAUCUUAAAUGUAGCCAAAAGCUCGAAAGACUAGUGAUAAUGGCGCAUGUCUGAGGAGGGGUCCCUCUCCCACUUGUAAAGCCACUAAACCAUUGGGCGGAGAUCAGCUAGCCUUCCAAGUCAACAAGUAAGUAUCUUUUCCUGAAUCUGCAUGGGCCCUAUAGAGAAUCACCUGUGGCUAAGUAAGUCGCUGGAAACAUAUUUUGCAUUACCUGUUGAAUAUCAACCCAUGCUGUCAAGUCAACAGAUGUGUCUGCCUUAAAGAUUGCAGCUGUUACUGCACUCAAAGUUGGAACAUGCGCUCAUACAAUCCCGAGCAUUUGUAGUUAGUGAGUGGUCCAUGAUAAGGCUGUAUUGUUACCAUCUCUGUUAUGGAAACUUUCUGUCUAAUCAAACCUUAGCUUUACUCCUUUGGUUGCCUAUACGCAGAUAGUUUCGAGAGGUUCUUUUUGACAAAAGCAUACACUGAAAUGAUUGUAGUAGAGAUGUCAAUUUUCUUUUUCGCUUAUCGAUAAGUCAUAACGCAGCUAUAGCUACCUCACUACCGAAAGCAGCCUUGGGAUUAGUCCCUUGUCUGACUGUAGUCUAUUUUAUCAUAAAUCAGGUUGAUAAAACCAUCAAUCAAAUCAUGAAUGUAAAACCGUGUUUAAUGGUUUAUUGAGAUAUAAUAAACUGAUGAAGAAACAA